AUGUCGACGUCGCCGCCGGCAAGACCCUGUUGCGUUUGCUUUCGAUUCAGACCACACGAGGAUGAAAAAGCACAGAAGAACACAUUCACACGAUGGAUCAAUUUUCAUCUGGAAGAGCACAGUUCAUCAGGACGAAUUGAAGACCUGUUCGAGGAUAUUCGAGACGGCGUGCUGCUUUGCCAUCUCAUCGAAGUCCUCACAGGAGAAGCACUCGCUGUUCACAAGGGUCGCGUCUCGAAGCGAGUCCACCACAUCGCGAAUCUGACGACGGCGCUCACGGUGCUCCGCCGUCGCGGUCUCGAGCUCAUCAACAACAAUGCCGCCGACAUUGCCGAUGGAAAUCCGCGCAUCGUGCUCGGACUCAUUUGGCAGAUCAUUUUGCAUUUUCAGAUCGAAACAAAUCUCAUAUUGCUCCGCGAAUGGGGAUGGGCGGCGACGACGGAUGAAGCGUCGACGUCGAGCCAACUUCACGAGCCCAUCGCCGCACCAUCGCCACCACCACCAUCAUCAUCGCCAACGCCGUCGAAACGAAGCGGCUUGUCGGGUAGUCGGUCAUCGAUCGCCUCCGGGGAAAAGGCGUCGCCGCUCCGUCAACGCAUCGCAUCGUUUCUGACGCCGACGAAAAAACAUCCAAAGUUGUCGACGCUGCCCGUCAAACAAUCCGUCGAGCAGGUCUUCUUGCGAUGGAUCAACGCCGAAAUCGGACCACUUCUGAAUGGUCGUCGUGUGGAGAACAUGGAUAAGCAAUGGCGCGAUGGAUCCCUGUUCUGCGCGCUCGUUGCUCGCUGGCGUCCCGAUCUGAUCAAUAUGCGAGAUGUGACGAACGCGAAUCCACGAGACAAUCUUGAGCUCGCGUUCAGCGCCGCCCAUCAGCAUCUCGGAAUCAAGCGGCUUCUCGCCGUUGAGGAUAUGAUGAUCGAGAGGCCCGACAAGCGUUCCGUCAUCACCUACGUCUCGCAGUUCGUCCGAAUGUUCGGAGAGCGAUCGCCAAUUCAGGGCCGAGAGCAGCACGCGGCAUUCCUCGCGUGGCUCGACGCCACCUACACAAUCUGCCAUCGCGAUCAGCUCGACGGUCAGGAGUGCGCGAGAAUCCGACGAGAGUUCAUCGAGCAUCGUCCAUUAUUCAAUACGAUCAUUGUGACGAAGGUUAACUACGAGGUCGAUGAGCUGGUUGAGAUCGAGAAGAAAUGGGAUACGAUUCGAGCAACACUUGACAAGUUCACACGACGAUCGGAGCGCGAGCUUCCCGAGCCGUUCGCGUCGAUGUCGAAUUGGCUCAGCGGCGCCGAGCACAUUCUAACGCGACCGCUGAAUCUGGAUCCGAACGACGCCGAGAAGACGGUUCACGAGCUGCAAAAGCUGAUCGCCGAGCAUACGAAAUACUUUAAGGAUCUUGAAGCGAAACACAAACAAUUUGACGAAUCGGCGAGAAGCGGCGGACUCGGCGGGCGACCGGUGGCGCCCGAGUUCAGCGAGCCGCUUCGCGUUCGAUUCGAGCACGUCAUCGAGGAGAAUGAGCCGCGCAUCUCAUCACUGCGCAUCCUAUUGUCCCAUUAUAUUCUCCUUUCCUACCUGCAACACAUUGAACAGAAAAUUACUCUUUGGAGAACGGCCGACAGUGUGACUUUGCUCCUACGAUGGAUAAAGGAAUACACACAGCUGAACGCCGAAAACCCCCAAGCGAAAUGCGCAAAAUAUGUGAAUCGAUUGAGAACGGCGCUCGCGAAUGAUAAAACAAGCAAACUCGAUAAGGAGAUGAUACUGAAGACGUCGACAGAAAAGACCGACGCCACUAUCAAAAAGUUCGAAGGGCUUUGGGCCGAGCUGAAAAUGCUCAAAGCCGAAUGGGUCGAGUGGGAGACGAGCAUGUCGGCGCUUGAAGCCAUCGUCGAUGAGCACACAAUUCGAAAGUCGCCGAUUAGUUUAGAGGACGAGCAGAAAUUGGCGGUGGUCCAAGUCGGUGCUGAUCAGUUGGCUCCGAAGCUUGGAGCAUCGGCGAGACUCGCUAACAAUCAUAGAUUAGAAUUGCUGAUUAGUCGUGUGAAGAAGCUAAACAAGAAUAAAGUCGGAGGUCGGCUUGUAGUCGAGCUCGAGCCGAGCACAUCUCAAAUGUUGAAAAUCAGCACCAGCGCGCAAGCCGAUGAUGAACUACUUAAAACUGAAAUGAAACUGCGCGAUCGUGCGCAACGCGGUUGCGACGCGGCCGAAACCGAAGAGCUGGAAGCGCGCGCGGCGAUGCUGCGGACAAUUCGCGAGCGGCUCGUCGAGCUCGAAGCACUUCAUGAAUCGUAUGACCGACGCGUCAGGGAUACGAUUGACCAUGUGGAUCGGGAUCUCAUUCGCCGCAACAUGGGUACCAUUGUCUUUGAGCUGCAACGUGGAAAUCUCGCCAAUUUUGUUGAUCUCACACAAUACGCGUUUGUUUUUGACGAGUACAACUAUUUACCGAUGACAAUUACUGAAAACGUGUUGAGCGAGGCCGGUGUUCGCGAAAUCAUCGAGCGCAAGACGCUCAUUUUGGCACGCCGCGAGCAGAACGCCGAUGAAGCUGAACGCUCGGUACGCGAUAUGGAGGAAUGCGAUCGCGCGAUCGAGGGCUGGACGAGCCGACGAAUCGACGAGAUUCGCGCCGAGUGGAACGUCAAACUUUCCGAGUUCGAAGCCUACUACGAGCUUCGCCGUCAGAUUGGGCUCCUCACAGAAUCCGUCGAGUCUCGUCUCGACGUCACCGUCAUCCCAAAAAUGGCAGUGAUUCGAGACAAAUCGGAGACAAUUGCCCACAGCGAUCUCGGUGUUUGGAUUCGCGAAUCGCUCAAGGAUCUCGAAGCGUUCUCGGAGGAAGCGAUCAUCAGACACCUAAUGAGUUUCGAACUAAGCGUCGAGGAGGACUGUCCGCUUGCCAUCAAUGUUCUCGAGGAGGUUGGCCCUGAGUUGGUCGGACAUUUAUCAUCGGCAGUCGACGAGCGAUUCCAUCGCACCCUACGAAUCCUUUAUCUCAAGAUGGAACUAUUCCGGCGCCUGCAGAACUUCUGCGACGCCGUCAAAUCGCUGCGCACCCAGAACGCGAACUGGAGCUCGAUCAAACUAUCACAGAUUGACCAAGUACAGUCUGAGAUCGCCAAUUUGCUUGUGCGACUCGACGAGGAAUGGACAAAAGAUGCACAUCAAUUACGCGCAGAACUUGCCAGUAUUCAAGGAAGCUACUUCCAACUCGAAUUUGAUCGUCUUAAUGAAAAAUUGAAUCAACUCAUCCACGAAAUGGAGACUCUCAAAGAGUUAAUGAUUCAUCGACGUGAAUACUUGACUGCCGCCACCGAAAUUUUGACCGACUCGACUACUGACAUUCUGAACCGCGCCACCUCUAGCGAUCGCCCGGACGAUAUCCUUCGUGCUACUAACGAAGUAUGUAGUGCCCUCGAACAGAAAGGAAAGGAGCUGCGAAGACUCGGCGAGAUUGCUGAAAUGGAAAUAUCUGACCUCGUCGUCGUUGCUCUCAUUCGAUCCUUCAGACGCCGACAGCUCGGAAGCGACGGCGAACCCGGCGUCGACGAGCUUCGGCGCUCGUUGCGAGAAGUCAUUGAUCGACCCAUUAUCGACUCUGUGAACACUUCGCCGCAACAACUCAUUACUGAUAUCCUCCGCAUGAAGGAAGACAAGGAACAUUAUGAAAAAGUGAUUGACGAGAUCAAAGUUGCGAUUUUGAGCGAUGAGGAUCGGGCGAGCCUCGAGCCACUCAUGGAAGAAUACCAACGAAAAGCCGAGAAACGGAAUAUCGCGUUCGAAAAGCUCGUCCUCAUCUACAUGGACUGGUUGAGCAUUCAGUAUGACGAAUUGGAAACCGACAUUGGAUCAAUCAUUCAACGAAGCGAUAGCGGGGAACUACGCUUGAAGAAUGAUUCAAUAUGGCAAAAAUGGAAGACGGAUUUGGCUGAUAUUGAACGACUAAUUGGACCAGACAUCAAACGAAAACUCGGUGCUGAGUUCAUGGACUUGCAGCGAAAGCAGGAUUCACUCGACGCGCGAAUCAGCAAAUUCCUGAACCAUUCGGCGAAGAUCAACGCGAAACUCUCGCAAUUCAAAGAGUGGCUCACCGCGAUGGAGCAAGAUGUUGCUCGAACCGAAAAACUCGACGAUCCGGAGAAAUCGCAAAAACUUGCUCUGCUUCUCAACAGCGCGCUUUCUAAAAAGCGACUCGUUGGCAAGCUCGAGCGUUUGAAUGUGGCGAAUAAAGAGGAAGUGCUGCACCUCUGCAAUCGCUACCACGUCAUCAUGCAGAAACUCACCCAAUACCCGAACGUCGCUUUACCCCUACACGUUACCACCAACAUGGAAACAUCAGGAUUAUUCAGUUCGCAGCUUUUUCAGAUAUCGGUCAGUUCGAUCGCCACUGCAGAACUGGAAAGACCCGAAUCUGUGAUGUCGAUGACAUCGUCUAUUGGUGUCAUCGCUGCAGAUGAGACCGAAUAUUCGCCAUAUGAAUCAAACCUGAACAAACUUCUCAAGAAGCUUCAAAACAUCGAGGAUUCAUAUACGAAUGGUCCAAAACGACUAGACUUCGCCAAAAAAGACGUCGACGAUCUUCAGAACUAUCGCACCAAAUGCUGCGAUAAUUCUGCUCAGCUGACUAAUAGCGAAGUCGAGCCAGCUGAAAAGGAACGGCUGAAGCAUAAAUUCGUUUUAUUGCUCAGCAAUUACGAUGAUUUCCUGAAAUUGCUUAAUAGCGAAAUCAGAGAAGAGGAAGAUCUCCUGAAGAAGAACACGGAGAUCAUGCGCGAACUCGAAUCGAUUGAGAACAACCUCCAAUCGCCAAACAUCUCCGAAGGCGACAUUGCCGGCGAGCUCGACCGCAUUCAAAUGCAAAUGGACUUGCUCAAGGUGAUGUGCAACAAACCGCGAAAGUAUGUUGAGUGCGAGCUCAUCGAUUCGUCGAGUCGCGAAGGAAGCCCACAAGAACGCAGAAAAUCGAAGAAGAAGGUUCUUGUGAUGAUGUCGAACACCAUCACGACAAUCAUUCACGUCGUUGAAGAACGACUUGUGGCCAUCGAACCAACGCCUGAGUAUCAGGCGGUUCAAGAAAAACUUUCAAGUGUCAAGGAGAACCUUCGGGAACUUGAUACAACUCCGCAGACAAAGCCUGAUCUGAGCGCUUUCGAAAUUUUGUCGCCAGUCGGUCAGGAAGACAAAAGAGACGUUGACGAAAUUUCGCGACUCAAAAAGGAGGUUGAACGAGCCAUUGACAUGGCAUCUUCAAUGCAAAAUGAGUCGCCAACUGAUCCGAAUACGUUAAAGUCUGCCGUGAAACUACUUGAAGAGCAGAAGCCCACGUUGGAUCACAUGCACACUAUCGUGGAGUCAAUGCCACCAGACAACGAUGACACCACAUCUGCCAUCGAUCUUUUGAAUUCCAUCGAAGAGGAUUUUGCGAAUACCAAGACAUCCAUCGAAGAUUCGCUUGACGAAAUUCAGCAGCCAGUUGAAGACAAUUGGGAGAUUGUUGUGCCACCGGCAAGAAAUGUCGAUGACAACGAUGAGAUCAUUGAGAUCGAUGGCGAUCCGAAUUCGAUCGACAUGUUCGCAAUCAAGAGAACGCCGGAUGAGGUUACCGCGAAGGUCGCCAAUCUUGUAUUGAAGCUUCAAACUGCUAUCGAAGAAGCCGAACAACUAGCGAACAAUGAUAGGAGCGAUGUCAACUCACUUCAAGCGGCCAGCGACAAGCUGACCAAGCAGGAGAAGACGAUGAAGAAGAUUCACAAACUGCUGGAUUCGUUGGGAAACGAGAAUCCACAAAAGAUCGAAGUAAUCGAUGCUCUUAGCAAUAUCCAGGAGCAGAUUCAAAAUGCUAGAACGAAUAUCAAUGAUCAGAUCGAUGAGCUAAACUACGGACAAGCUCCUGUUGUUCCGGCAAAGGAACCGCACAGCUCACUUCAUGCACUUAACAAGGUCAUCGAGGAAGUCGACGCAUUGCUGAAUGAUCCGCCUGUCGAUGAAGAUUCUUUGAAGGAUGCUGAAGAACGACUGAAGAACGCCGAAGACAUUCAUGAGAAGGUGUUGAAUGACAGUUGGCAGAAUCCGGACAACACCAGUGCAAUUGAAACGUUGGAGAAGUUCGACAAGGUAUCGAACGAUCUCAAGGAUGCUUUAGACGUCCAUAGCAAGAUUAAACAUGAGAGGAAACUUCAGUCAGACAUCAUCAAAAAGAUUGAGCAAGUUAUCAACAACUGCGACAGCGCUGCAAGCAGCAGUGAGUUUGAUAAUGAUAAGCUCAAGGAGGCUUUGAAGAAGCUGGAUGAUGUUCAAGAAUUGAUAAACUCGAUCGAAGAUCAGAUGAUUGAGAUCAGAAACAGAGAAUUACCAGAUUCGUCGGACGCUGUUGACAUCUUGUCUAAUAUCAAAGAACAAUACAAUACAAUUAAAACCUCUAUUGAAGAUCGUAUUGACGAGAACGACUCAAUGGUCAUCAUUCCGUCCAACGAAGAACGAAGCGAUGAACCAUCGGAAGAAGAACAAAAAGAGUCUCAAAGGCAAACUGAGCUUAUUGAGAAAUUGGACAAACUUGGAAAACUUGCGCCACAGAAUAUUGAUGAAAAUGUUCUCACUACUAUUGAAGAAGAAAUCGCGGGACUCGACGAUGAUCGCGCGAAUGAAAUCAGAGGAACAAUUGCCCAGAUUCGAAAAGUCAAAGAUGAAAUCCUUGACGAGCUUGGAAACAUAAAGAAUGGCUCUGACCCAAUUCCAAAACAAUCGUUAGUUGAGAUAACCGAUAAAGCAACUUCACUGCCUACCGAUUUUGUUCACAAAAUUCUUCCGAUCGUAACUGAUAUCCAACAGAAUUCGAUGGAAAUUGAAAAACGAGAGAUAGAACUGCUUGAAGCGCAGAAGAUGCAGAAGCAGGAUGAAGUUGACAAUGAGACUGCCAAGAUUCUUGAAGAGUUGAAUGUCGUCGCAACCAUGCCGCCAUCAACCAUCGACAUCAAUAUGCUUCAGGCCAUCGAAGAUGGACUAGCUUCGCUUCCAGAGGAAAAUGCCAACAAGCUUCGAGAGAAGAUCAAUGAACUUAAGGAUGCCAAACAGAAGCAGGAUGAAGCUGACAAUGAGACCGCCAAGAUUCUUGAAGAGUUGAAUGUCGUCGCAACCAUGCCGCCAUCAACCAUCGACAUCAAUAUGCUUCAGGCCAUCGAAGAUGGACUGGCUUCGCUUCCAGAGGAAAAUGCCAACAAGCUUCGAGAGAAGAUCAAUGAACUUAAGGAUGCCAAACAGAAGCAGGAUGAAGCUGACAAUGAGACCGCCAAGAUUCUUGAAGAGUUGAAUGCCGUCGCAACCAUGCCGCCAUCAACCAUCGACAUCAAUAUGCUUCAGGCCAUCGAAGAUGGACUGGCUUCGCUUCCAGAGGAAAAUGCCAACAAGCUUCGAGAGAAGAUCAAUGAACUUAAGGAUGCCAAACAGAAGCAGGAUGAAGCUGACAAUGAGACCGCCAAGAUUCUUGAAGAGUUGAAUGCCGUCGCAACCAUGCCGCCAUCAACCAUCGACAUCAAUAUGCUUCAGGCCAUCGAAGAUGGACUGGCUUCGCUUCCAGAGGAAAAUGCCAACAAGCUUCGAGAGAAGAUCAAUGAACUUAAGGAUGCCAAACAGAAGCAUGAUGAAGCUGACAAUGAGACCGCCAAGAUUCUUGAAGAGUUGAAUGCCGUCGCAACCAUGCCGCCAUCAACCAUCGACAUCAAUAUGCUUCAGGCCAUCGAAGAUGGACUGGCUUCGCUUCCAGAGGAAAAUGCCAACAAGCUUCGAGAGAAGAUCAAUGAACUUAAGGAUGCCAAACAGAAGCAGGAUGAAGCUGACAAUGAGACCGCCAAGAUUCUUGAACAGUUGAAUGCCGUCGCAACCAUGCCGCCAUCAACCAUCGACAUCAAUAUGCUUCAGGCCAUCAAAGAUGGACUGGCUUCGCUUCCAGAGGAAAAUGCCAACAAGCUUCGAGAGAAGAUCAAUGAACUUAAGGAUGCCAAACAGAAGCAGGAUGAAGCUGACAAUGAGACCGCCAAGAUUCUUGAAGAGUUGAAUGCCGUCGCAACCAUGCCGCCAUCAACCAUCGACAUCAAUAUGCUUCAGGCCAUCGAAGAUGGACUGGCUUCGCUUCCAGAGGAAAAUGCCAACAAGCUUCGAGAGAAGAUCAAUGAACUUAAGGAUGCCAAACAGAAGCAGGAUGAAGCUGACAAUGAGACCGCCAAGAUUCUUGAAGAGUUGAAUGCCGUCGCAACCAUGCCGCCAUCAACCAUCGACAUCAAUAUGCUUCAGGCCAUCGAAGAUGGACUAGCUUCGCUUCCAGAGGAAAAUGCCAACAAGCUUCGAGAGAAGAUCAAUGAACUUAAGGAUGCCAAACAGAAGCAGGAUGAAGCUGACAAUGAGACCGCCAAGAUUCUUGAAGAGUUGAAUGCCGUCGCAACCAUGCCGCCAUCAACCAUCGACAUCAAUAUGCUUCAGGCCAUCGAAGAUGGACUGGCUUCGCUUCCAGAGGAAAAUGCCAACAAGCUUCGAGAGAAGAUCAAUGAACUUAAGGAUGCCAAACAGAAGCAGGAUGAAGCUGACAAUGAGACCGCCAAGAUUCUUGAAGAGUUGAAUGCCGUCGCAACCAUGCCGCCAUCAACCAUCGACAUCAAUAUGCUUCAGGCCAUCGAAGAUGGACUAGCUUCGCUUCCAGAGGAAAAUGCCAACAAGCUUCGAGAGAAGAUCAAUGAACUUAAGGAUGCCAAACAGAAGCAGGAUGAAAAAAUUAAUUACGCCCAAAAUGCGUUGAAACGACUCGAAGACGCUUUGGAUGAUGCUGAUCGCGGAGUUGCCGGCCAACCGGCAAAUGUUGCCGCGCUCAACGAAUUCAAGGACAGCAUCACACCACACAUCGAUUCGUUGGUUGCCGUCGUUCAAGAUGUUCCAGAAGAAGUCGCACCAGAAGCAGCCAGGUUACGUGAUCGCGCCAACAAGUUCAACGACGACUUGCAAUUGCUCAUCCAGAAGACCGCUGAUGACGCACAAAAAGCUGAAGAACUUCGCAAGACUGUUGACGGAAUUACCAACUCGUUGAAUCAGAUCGUUCCAAAAUAUGAGAUCCCGCAAUCAAUCGACGUGGCACGUGCCGAUGCCGAUCAAUUGAGAGCGAUCAUCGAACAACUCAAUGGACUUUCGGAUGGUGACAAGCCGGAUUCGCAAGUUGCUCGCGACAUCAAGGACUCGAAGACGAAGGCGAAGGAUCUUCUCGCUAAUCUUGACAAGGCUAUUCCAGUCGAAGAGGCGAUCCGUGCUCAUCAAGACGAUAUUGCGGCUAAACUCGAUGAAAUUCAAAAGAAUCUUAACAACAUCGACGAGUUCAAACCCGAAAACGCGUUGCCAUUGAUUGACGAGAUUUCGAAGGAGGCCGCCGCGAUCAAGCAAGCUGCUGAUUCGAACGCCGACAAGGUCGAAACGCCAAAUCCAUUCGUCAGUCACGAUGACUUGGAUACAACUCUGCCACAAAAGGCGUUCGAUAUUCAACAUGCCAUCGACGACAAGAAGCAAGCUUUGACAAACGCCGCUCAAAUCAACGAGAUCGCUCCAAAACUCCAAAUCGUCUCUCAACAACUCGAAACACUCGCGCCCGAACUCCCGACAAGUCUCGAUGACCAGAAGGCAUUGCUCGAAGAUUUGGAAGAAAAGAAACGCGCCUACGAGAAUCUCAUUGCUACUCUUCCACCGAAUGAUCCAAAGAGCGAAGAGCUACAAAAGAACAGCGAAUGGGAUCUUUCAAGAAUCAAGGAUCUCAUCAAGAAGCUCGGAGAUGCGGUUGGAGACAAACUUUCUGCGCUCGCCACGUUCAAUGCCUCUCGAAAACAGGCCGAAGAUGCACUUCUGAACAUCACCAGCGAUGAAGGCGAUGCGAGUCAAAAGUCGCCUGAACAACUUAUCGCCGACUUGUCGAAGAACGAAGAGCUCAUCGCGAAAAUGCGUGAGAACAUCGAGCAACAGAACCCCGAUCAGCUUGAUGAAGCCGAACGCAAAGAAUACGAGGAUCUUCUCGCUCGACUUGCUAAUGCUCAUGACAUUAUCAAGAAGAAGCGCGCCGAAAUCGAAGAAGCCGCUCGAAAGCAGGCCGCCGAAAAAGAUCUUCACGAUGCCAUUGAUCGUAUUGAAUCGCGAUUGAUUCCGCUCGUGAAGAACGGCGACGAGCUCCUUCACAACGCUGAAGGUGUUCCAUCGCAAUACGCGCCUGCUGCCGAAGAAAUCAAGAAUGAACUUGAUAAGGCCAACGAGAUUGUUGCCAACGCUCCGCAAACCGAUGACCGCGUCAAAUCUUUGGUUGCCGCCAUCGAUGCUGCCAAUCAAUUGGUGCCAUCACUCAAGGAGAAGGCCCGAGUCUGGGAUGAAUUCGUCGUUGCUCGAAAUGAUGCCGACGGAGUUGUGGACAAACUUCAACAAGCUCUCAAUGGAGUCGUUUCGAAGCCAAAGCGAUCAGUUGACGAAGCCGCCAAUGAUUUGGCUCAACUCCAGGAGUCGUCGAAACAAAUUCAGACGUUGAACGAUAUGAUCACCAAUCUUCAACGCCUUUCCGAACAGCUUGAUCCACUUGAGAGCGCUUACGCCGAUGUUCGAUUCCUCGACGUCGACGCCGAACAAACUCAACAUCAAUACGAUGAAGCUCUCAAUGAUCUUGCAACAGAAAUUGACGACGAAAAGGUGCUUCAAGAAUCUGUCGAUCAAGUCAAGAAGGAGAUCAACGACAUUCGAACACUCAUUGACAACACCAAUCCUGAACGAAACGUUCUCGACACCAUCGCCAAUACUGACAUUCCAGCAUUGAAGACACAAAUCAAUCGCAUCCAAGACAAAUCGGUUAACGCUGCCGCUUCACGCAAGCACGUUUCUACCGACGCAAACAUCGCCGACGAGCUCAACGCGAAGCUUGCCGACCUCGAAAAGGAACUCGAUGAAGCCAUCAAGGAUGCGGAUGAAUACGAGAAGAGUCAACUGGUGCUUGCUCUCACACUCAAGAUCACUCAACUGGAGGAAACUCCACUCGAGCAGCUGAACCCAGAAGAACUCAAGAAUGCUGAAAAGGAGAUCAAGAACAGUUUGGCACCAGAAGAGGCAUUGCCACUUCUUGCCAAGAUCGACGAACUCCGCAAUGUCAAGAAGGCCGAAGACGAUCGCAGAAACGAGCUUCACAACACAAUCGUCGCUAUCGGCAAAGAUGCUGACGAUGCGAUGACACCAAAGAAGGACAGAAAGAGCAAGAAGCAGACUCCACAACAGAAGCUCGAGAAGCUCAACAACAAACUCGACGAAGUCAAAGCUCUCGUGCCACGAAUCGAAGCCGUUGAGAACGAUCCACUUCUCACUUCUGAUGACAAGAACACCGCCAACCAAGUUCUCGACAACGUCAACGCAUUCAUUGGAGAUUUGAAUCAGCAAAUUGCCGAAACGCAAGACCACAUCGACAAGAUCAACAAUGCUCAAGAUGCGUUGAAACGACUCGAAGACGCUUUGGAUGAUGCUGAUCGCGGAGUUGCCGGCCAACCGGCAAAUGUUGCCGCGCUCAACGAAUUCAAGGACAGCAUCACACCACACAUCGAUUCGUUGGUUGCCGUCGUUCAAGAUGUUCCAGAAGAAGUCGCACCAGAAGCAGCCAGGUUACGUGAUCGCGCCAACAAGUUCAACGACGACUUGCAAUUGCUCAUCCAGAAGACCGCUGAUGACGCACAAAAAGCUGAAGAACUUCGCAAGACUGUUGACGGAAUUACCAACUCGUUGAAUCAGAUCGUUCCAAAAUAUGAGAUCCCGCAACCAAUCGACGUGGCACGUGCCGAUGCCGAUCAAUUGAGAGCGAUCAUCGAACAACUCAAUGGACUUUCGGAUGGUGACAAGCCGGAUUCGCAAGUUGCUCGCGACAUCAAGGACUCGAAGACGAAGGCGAAGGAUCUUCUCGCUAAUCUUGACAAGGCUAUUCCAGUCGAAGAGGCGAUCCGUGCUCAUCAAGACGAUAUUGCGGCUAAACUCGAUGAAAUUCAAAAGAAUCUUAACAACAUCGACGAGUUCAAACCCGAAAACGCGUUGCCAUUGAUUGACGAGAUUUCGAAGGAGGCCGCCGCGAUCAAGCAAGCUGCUGAUUCGAACGCCGACAAGGUCGAAACGCCAAAUCCAUUCGUCAGUCACGAUGACUUGGAUACAACUCUGCCACAAAAGGCGUUCGAUAUUCAACAUGCCAUCGACGACAAGAAGCAAGCUUUGACAAACGCCGCUCAAAUCAACGAGAUCGCUCCAAAACUCCAAAUCGUCUCUCAACAACUCGAAACACUCGCGCCCGAACUCCCGACAAGUCUCGAUGACCAGAAGGCAUUGCUCGAAGAUUUGGAAGAAAAGAAACGCGCCUACGAGAAUCUCAUUGCUACUCUUCCACCGAAUGAUCCAAAGAGCGAAGAGCUACAAAAGAACAGCGAAUGGGAUCUUUCAAGAAUCAAGGAUCUCAUCAAGAAGCUCGGAGAUGCGGUUGGAGACAAACUUUCUGCGCUCGCCACGUUCAAUGCCUCUCGAAAACAGGCCGAAGAUGCACUUCUGAACAUCACCAGCGAUGAAGGCGAUGCGAGUCAAAAGUCGCCUGAACAACUUAUCGCCGACUUGUCGAAGAACGAAGAGCUCAUCGCAAAAAUGCGUGAGAACAUCGAGCAACAGAACCCCGAUCAGCUUGAUGAAGCCGAACGCAAAGAAUACGAGGAUCUUCUCGCUCGACUUGCUAAUGCUCAUGACAUUAUCAAGAAGAAGCGCGCCGAAAUCGAAGAAGCCGCUCGAAAGCAGGCCGCCGAAAAGAUCUUCACGAUGCCAUUGAUCCUCCUUCACAACGCUGAAGGUGUUCCAUCGCAAUACGCGCCUGCUGCCGAAGAAAUCAAGAAUGAACUUGAUAAGGCCAACGAGAUUGUUGCCAACGCUCCGCAAACCGAUGACCGCGUCAAAUCUUUGGUUGCCGCCAUCGAUGCUGCCAAUCAAUUGGUGCCAUCACUCAAGGAGAAGGCCCGAGUCUGGGAUGAAUUCGUCGUUGCUCGAAAUGAUGCCGACGGAGUUGUGGACAAACUUCAACAAGCUCUCAAUGGAGUCGUUUCGAAGCCAAAGCGAUCAGUUGACGAAGCCGCCAAUGAUUUGGCUCAACUCCAGGAGUCGUCGAAACAAAUUCAGACGUUGAACGAUAUGAUCACCAAUCUUCAACGCCUUUCCGAACAGCUUGAUCCACUUGAGAGCGCUUACGCCGAUGUUCGAUUCCUCGACGUCGACGCCGAACAAACUCAACAUCAAUACGAUGAAGCUCUCAAUGAUCUUGCAACAGAAAUUGACGACGAAAAGGUGCUUCAAGAAUCUGUCGAUCAAGUCAAGAAGGAGAUCAACGACAUUCGAACACUCAUUGACAACACCAAUCCUGAACGAAACGUUCUCGACACCAUCGCCAAUACUGACAUUCCAGCAUUGAAGACACAAAUCAAUCGCAUCCAAGACAAAUCGGUUAACGCUGCCGCUUCACGCAAGCACGUUUCUACCGACGCAAACAUCGCCGACGAGCUCAACGCGAAGCUUGCCGACCUCGAAAAGGAACUCGAUGAAGCCAUCAAGGAUGCGGAUGAAUACGAGAAGAGUCAACUGGUGCUUGCUCUCACACUCAAGAUCACUCAACUGGAGGAAACUCCACUCGAGCAGCUGAACCCAGAAGAACUCAAGAAUGCUGAAAAGGAGAUCAAGAACAGUUUGGCACCAGAAGAGGCAUUGCCACUUCUUGCCAAGAUCGACGAACUCCGCAAUGUCAAGAAGGCCGAAGACGAUCGCAGAAACGAGCUUCACAACACAAUCGUCGCUAUCGGCAAAGAUGCUGACGAUGCGAUGACACCAAAGAAGGACAGAAAGAGCAAGAAGCAGACUCCACAACAGAAGCUCGAGAAGCUCAACAACAAACUCGACGAAGUCAAAGCUCUCGUGCCACGAAUCGAAGCCGUUGAGAACGAUCCACUUCUCACUUCUGAUGACAAGAACACCGCCAACCAAGUUCUCGACAACGUCAACGCAUUCAUUGGAGAUUUGAAUCAGCAAAUUGCCGAAACGCAAGACCACAUCGACAAGAUCAACAAUGCUCAAGAUGCGUUGAAACGACUCGAAGACGCUUUGGAUGAUGCUGAUCGCGGAGUUGCCGGCCAACCGGCAAAUGUUGCCGCGCUCAACGAAUUCAAGGACAGCAUCACACCACACAUCGAUUCGUUGGUUGCCGUCGUUCAAGAUGUUCCAGAAGAAGUCGCACCAGAAGCAGCCAGGUUACGUGAUCGCGCCAACAAGUUCAACGACGACUUGCAAUUGCUCAUCCAGAAGACCGCUGAUGACGCACAAAAAGCUGAAGAACUUCGCAAGACUGUUGACGGAAUUACCAACUCGUUGAAUCAGAUCGUUCCAAAAUAUGAGAUCCCGCAACCAAUCGACGUGGCACGUGCCGAUGCCGAUCAAUUGAGAGCGAUCAUCGAACAACUCAAUGGACUUUCGGAUGGUGACAAGCCGGAUUCGCAAGUUGCUCGCGACAUCAAGGACUCGAAGACGAAGGCGAAGGAUCUUCUCGCUAAUCUUGACAAGGCUAUUCCAGUCGAAGAGGCGAUCCGUGCUCAUCAAGACGAUAUUGCGGCUAAACUCGAUGAAAUUCAAAAGAAUCUUAACAACAUCGACGAGUUCAAACCCGAAAACGCGUUGCCAUUGAUUGACGAGAUUUCGAAGGAGGCCGCCGCGAUCAAGCAAGCUGCUGAUUCGAACGCCGACAAGGUCGAAACGCCAAAUCCAUUCGUCAGUCACGAUGACUUGGAUACAACUCUGCCACAAAAGGCGUUCGAUAUUCAACAUGCCAUCGACGACAAGAAGCAAGCUUUGACAAACGCCGCUCAAAUCAACGAGAUCGCUCCAAAACUCCAAAUCGUCUCUCAACAACUCGAAACACUCGCGCCCGAACUCCCGACAAGUCUCGAUGACCAGAAGGCAUUGCUCGAAGAUUUGGAAGAAAAGAAACGCGCCUACGAGAAUCUCAUUGCUACUCUUCCACCGAAUGAUCCAAAGAGCGAAGAGCUACAAAAGAACAGCGAAUGGGAUCUUUCAAGAAUCAAGGAUCUCAUCAAGAAGCUCGGAGAUGCGGUUGGAGACAAACUUUCUGCGCUCGCCACGUUCAAUGCCUCUCGAAAACAGGCCGAAGAUGCACUUCUGAACAUCACCAGCGAUGAAGGCGAUGCGAGUCAAAAGUCGCCUGAACAACUUAUCGCCGACUUGUCGAAGAACGAAGAGCUCAUCGCAAAAAUGCGUGAGAACAUCGAGCAACAGAACCCCGAUCAGCUUGAUGAAGCCGAACGCAAAGAAUACGAGGAUCUUCUCGCUCGACUUGCUAAUGCUCAUGACAUUAUCAAGAAGAAGCGCGCCGAAAUCGAAGAAGCCGCUCGAAAGCAGGCCGCCGAAAAAGAUCUUCACGAUGCCAUUGAUCGUAUUGAAUCGCGAUUGAUUCCGCUCGUGAAGAACGGCGACGAGCUCCUUCACAACGCUGAAGGUGUUCCAUCGCAAUACGCGCCUGCUGCCGAAGAAAUCAAGAAUGAACUUGAUAAGGCCAACGAGAUUGUUGCCAACGCUCCGCAAACCGAUGACCGCGUCAAAUCUUUGGUUGCCGCCAUCGAUGCUGCCAAUCAAUUGGUGCCAUCACUCAAGGAGAAGGCCCGAGUCUGGGAUGAAUUCGUCGUUGCUCGAAAUGAUGCCGACGGAGUUGUGGACAAACUUCAACAAGCUCUCAAUGGAGUCGUUUCGAAGCCAAAGCGAUCAGUUGACGAAGCCGCCAAUGAUUUGGCUCAACUCCAGGAGUCGUCGAAACAAAUUCAGACGUUGAACGAUAUGAUCACCAAUCUUCAACGCCUUUCCGAACAGCUUGAUCCACUUGAGAGCGCUUACGCCGAUGUUCGAUUCCUCGACGUCGACGCCGAACAAACUCAACAUCAAUACGAUGAAGCUCUCAAUGAUCUUGCAACAGAAAUUGACGACGAAAAGGUGCUUCAAGAAUCUGUCGAUCAAGUCAAGAAGGAGAUCAACGACAUUCGAACACUCAUUGACAACACCAAUCCUGAACGAAACGUUCUCGACACCAUCGCCAAUACUGACAUUCCAGCAUUGAAGACACAAAUCAAUCGCAUCCAAGACAAAUCGGUUAACGCUGCCGCUUCACGCAAGCACGUUUCUACCGACGCAAACAUCGCCGACGAGCUCAACGCGAAGCUUGCCGACCUCGAAAAGGAACUCGAUGAAGCCAUCAAGGAUGCGGAUGAAUACGAGAAGAGUCAACUGGUGCUUGCUCUCACACUCAAGAUCACUCAACUGGAGGAAACUCCACUCGAGCAGCUGAACCCAGAAGAACUCAAGAAUGCUGAAAAGGAGAUCAAGAACAGUUUGGCACCAGAAGAGGCAUUGCCACUUCUUGCCAAGAUCGACGAACUCCGCAAUGUCAAGAAGGCCGAAGACGAUCGCAGAAACGAGCUUCACAACACAAUCGUCGCUAUCGGCAAAGAUGCUGACGAUGCGAUGACACCAAAGAAGGACAGAAAGAGCAAGAAGCAGACUCCACAACAGAAGCUCGAGAAGCUCAACAACAAACUCGACGAAGUCAAAGCUCUCGUGCCACGAAUCGAAGCCGUUGAGAACGAUCCACUUCUCACUUCUGAUGACAAGAACACCGCCAACCAAGUUCUCGACAACGUCAACGCAUUCAUUGGAGAUUUGAAUCAGCAAAUUGCCGAAACGCAAGACCACAUCGACAAGAUCAACAAUGCUCAAGAUGCGUUGAAACGACUCGAAGACGCUUUGGAUGAUGCUGAUCGCGGAGUUGCCGGCCAACCGGCAAAUGUUGCCGCGCUCAACGAAUUCAAGGACAGCAUCACACCACACAUCGAUUCGUUGGUUGCCGUCGUUCAAGAUGUUCCAGAAGAAGUCGCACCAGAAGCAGCCAGGUUACGUGAUCGCGCCAACAAGUUCAACGACGACUUGCAAUUGCUCAUCCAGAAGACCGCUGAUGACGCACAAAAAGCUGAAGAACUUCGCAAGACUGUUGACGGAAUUACCAACUCGUUGAAUCAGAUCGUUCCAAAAUAUGAGAUCCCGCAACCAAUCGACGUGGCACGUGCCGAUGCCGAUCAAUUGAGAGCGAUCAUCGAACAACUCAAUGGACUUUCGGAUGGUGACAAGCCGGAUUCGCAAGUUGCUCGCGACAUCAAGGACUCGAAGACGAAGGCGAAGGAUCUUCUCGCUAAUCUUGACAAGGCUAUUCCAGUCGAAGAGGCGAUCCGUGCUCAUCAAGACGAUAUUGCGGCUAAACUCGAUGAAAUUCAAAAGAAUCUUAACAACAUCGACGAGUUCAAACCCGAAAACGCGUUGCCAUUGAUUGACGAGAUUUCGAAGGAGGCCGCCGCGAUCAAGCAAGCUGCUGAUUCGAACGCCGACAAGGUCGAAACGCCAAAUCCAUUCGUCAGUCACGAUGACUUGGAUACAACUCUGCCACAAAAGGCGUUCGAUAUUCAACAUGCCAUCGACGACAAGAAGCAAGCUUUGACAAACGCCGCUCAAAUCAACGAGAUCGCUCCAAAACUCCAAAUCGUCUCUCAACAACUCGAAACACUCGCGCCCGAACUCCCGACAAGUCUCGAUGACCAGAAGGCAUUGCUCGAAGAUUUGGAAGAAAAGAAACGCGCCUACGAGAAUCUCAUUGCUACUCUUCCACCGAAUGAUCCAAAGAGCGAAGAGCUACAAAAGAACAGCGAAUGGGAUCUUUCAAGAAUCAAGGAUCUCAUCAAGAAGCUCGGAGAUGCGGUUGGAGACAAACUUUCUGCGCUCGCCACGUUCAAUGCCUCUCGAAAACAGGCCGAAGAUGCACUUCUGAACAUCACCAGCGAUGAAGGCGAUGCGAGUCAAAAGUCGCCUGAACAACUUAUCGCCGACUUGUCGAAGAACGAAGAGCUCAUCGCAAAAAUGCGUGAGAACAUCGAGCAACAGAACCCCGAUCAGCUUGAUGAAGCCGAACGCAAAGAAUACGAGGAUCUUCUCGCUCGACUUGCUAAUGCUCAUGACAUUAUCAAGAAGAAGCGCGCCGAAAUCGAAGAAGCCGCUCGAAAGCAGGCCGCCGAAAAGAUCUUCACGAUGCCAUUGAUCCUCCUUCACAACGCUGAAGGUGUUCCAUCGCAAUACGCGCCUGCUGCCGAAGAAAUCAAGAAUGAACUUGAUAAGGCCAACGAGAUUGUUGCCAACGCUCCGCAAACCGAUGACCGCGUCAAAUCUUUGGUUGCCGCCAUCGAUGCUGCCAAUCAAUUGGUGCCAUCACUCAAGGAGAAGGCCCGAGUCUGGGAUGAAUUCGUCGUUGCUCGAAAUGAUGCCGACGGAGUUGUGGACAAACUUCAACAAGCUCUCAAUGGAGUCGUUUCGAAGCCAAAGCGAUCAGUUGACGAAGCCGCCAAUGAUUUGGCUCAACUCCAGGAGUCGUCGAAACAAAUUCAGACGUUGAACGAUAUGAUCACCAAUCUUCAACGCCUUUCCGAACAGCUUGAUCCACUUGAGAGCGCUUACGCCGAUGUUCGAUUCCUCGACGUCGACGCCGAACAAACUCAACAUCAAUACGAUGAAGCUCUCAAUGAUCUUGCAACAGAAAUUGACGACGAAAAGGUGCUUCAAGAAUCUGUCGAUCAAGUCAAGAAGGAGAUCAACGACAUUCGAACACUCAUUGACAACACCAAUCCUGAACGAAACGUUCUCGACACCAUCGCCAAUACUGACAUUCCAGCAUUGAAGACACAAAUCAAUCGCAUCCAAGACAAAUCGGUUAACGCUGCCGCUUCACGCAAGCACGUUUCUACCGACGCAAACAUCGCCGACGAGCUCAACGCGAAGCUUGCCGACCUCGAAAAGGAACUCGAUGAAGCCAUCAAGGAUGCGGAUGAAUACGAGAAGAGUCAACUGGUGCUUGCUCUCACACUCAAGAUCACUCAACUGGAGGAAACUCCACUCGAGCAGCUGAACCCAGAAGAACUCAAGAAUGCUGAAAAGGAGAUCAAGAACAGUUUGGCACCAGAAGAGGCAUUGCCACUUCUUGCCAAGAUCGACGAACUCCGCAAUGUCAAGAAGGCCGAAGACGAUCGCAGAAACGAGCUUCACAACACAAUCGUCGCUAUCGGCAAAGAUGCUGACGAUGCGAUGACACCAAAGAAGGACAGAAAGAGCAAGAAGCAGACUCCACAACAGAAGCUCGAGAAGCUCAACAACAAACUCGACGAAGUCAAAGCUCUCGUGCCACGAAUCGAAGCCGUUGAGAACGAUCCACUUCUCACUUCUGAUGACAAGAACACCGCCAACCAAGUUCUCGACAACGUCAACGCAUUCAUUGGAGAUUUGAAUCAGCAAAUUGCCGAAACGCAAGACCACAUCGACAAGAUCAACAAUGCUCAAGAUGCGUUGAAACGACUCGAAGACGCUUUGGAUGAUGCUGAUCGCGGAGUUGCCGGCCAACCGGCAAAUGUUGCCGCGCUCAACGAAUUCAAGGACAGCAUCACACCACACAUCGAUUCGUUGGUUGCCGUCGUUCAAGAUGUUCCAGAAGAAGUCGCACCAGAAGCAGCCAGGUUACAACUUCGCAAGACUGUUGACGGAAUUACCAACUCGUUGAAUCAGAUCGUUCCAAAAUAUGAGAUCCCGCAACCAAUCGACGUGGCACGUGCCGAUGCCGAUCAAUUGAGAGCGAUCAUCGAACAACUCAAUGGACUUUCGGAUGGUGACAAGCCGGAUUCGCAAGUUGCUCGCGACAUCAAGGACUCGAAGACGAAGGCGAAGGAUCUUCUCGCUAAUCUUGACAAGGCUAUUCCAGUCGAAGAGGCGAUCCGUGCUCAUCAAGACGAUAUUGCGGCUAAACUCGAUGAAAUUCAAAAGAAUCUUAACAACAUCGACGAGUUCAAACCCGAAAACGCGUUGCCAUUGAUUGACGAGAUUUCGAAGGAGGCCGCCGCGAUCAAGCAAGCUGCUGAUUCGAACGCCGACAAGGUCGAAACGCCAAAUCCAUUCGUCAGUCACGAUGACUUGGAUACAACUCUGCCACAAAAGGCGUUCGAUAUUCAACAUGCCAUCGACGACAAGAAGCAAGCUUUGACAAACGCCGCUCAAAUCAACGAGAUCGCUCCAAAACUCCAAAUCGUCUCUCAACAACUCGAAACACUCGCGCCCGAACUCCCGACAAGUCUCGAUGACCAGAAGGCAUUGCUCGAAGAUUUGGAAGAAAAGAAACGCGCCUACGAGAAUCUCAUUGCUACUCUUCCACCGAAUGAUCCAAAGAGCGAAGAGCUACAAAAGAACAGCGAAUGGGAUCUUUCAAGAAUCAAGGAUCUCAUCAAGAAGCUCGGAGAUGCGGUUGGAGACAAACUUUCUGCGCUCGCCACGUUCAAUGCCUCUCGAAAACAGGCCGAAGAUGCACUUCUGAACAUCACCAGCGAUGAAGGCGAUGCGAGUCAAAAGUCGCCUGAACAACUUAUCGCCGACUUGUCGAAGAACGAAGAGCUCAUCGCAAAAAUGCGUGAGAACAUCGAGCAACAGAACCCCGAUCAGCUUGAUGAAGCCGAACGCAAAGAAUACGAGGAUCUUCUCGCUCGACUUGCUAAUGCUCAUGACAUUAUCAAGAAGAAGCGCGCCGAAAUCGAAGAAGCCGCUCGAAAGCAGGCCGCCGAAAAGAUCUUCACGAUGCCAUUGAUCCUCCUUCACAACGCUGAAGGUGUUCCAUCGCAAUACGCGCCUGCUGCCGAAGAAAUCAAGAAUGAACUUGAUAAGGCCAACGAGAUUGUUGCCAACGCUCCGCAAACCGAUGACCGCGUCAAAUCUUUGGUUGCCGCCAUCGAUGCUGCCAAUCAAUUGGUGCCAUCACUCAAGGAGAAGGCCCGAGUCUGGGAUGAAUUCGUCGUUGCUCGAAAUGAUGCCGACGGAGUUGUGGACAAACUUCAACAAGCUCUCAAUGGAGUCGUUUCGAAGCCAAAGCGAUCAGUUGACGAAGCCGCCAAUGAUUUGGCUCAACUCCAGGAGUCGUCGAAACAAAUUCAGACGUUGAACGAUAUGAUCACCAAUCUUCAACGCCUUUCCGAACAGCUUGAUCCACUUGAGAGCGCUUACGCCGAUGUUCGAUUCCUCGACGUCGACGCCGAACAAACUCAACAUCAAUACGAUGAAGCUCUCAAUGAUCUUGCAACAGAAAUUGACGACGAAAAGGUGCUUCAAGAAUCUGUCGAUCAAGUCAAGAAGGAGAUCAACGACAUUCGAACACUCAUUGACAACACCAAUCCUGAACGAAACGUUCUCGACACCAUCGCCAAUACUGACAUUCCAGCAUUGAAGACACAAAUCAAUCGCAUCCAAGACAAAUCGGUUAACGCUGCCGCUUCACGCAAGCACGUUUCUACCGACGCAAACAUCGCCGACGAGCUCAACGCGAAGCUUGCCGACCUCGAAAAGGAACUCGAUGAAGCCAUCAAGGAUGCGGAUGAAUACGAGAAGAGUCAACUGGUGCUUGCUCUCACACUCAAGAUCACUCAACUGGAGGAAACUCCACUCGAGCAGCUGAACCCAGAAGAACUCAAGAAUGCUGAAAAGGAGAUCAAGAACAGUUUGGCACCAGAAGAGGCAUUGCCACUUCUUGCCAAGAUCGACGAACUCCGCAAUGUCAAGAAGGCCGAAGACGAUCGCAGAAACGAGCUUCACAACACAAUCGUCGCUAUCGGCAAAGAUGCUGACGAUGCGAUGACACCAAAGAAGGACAGAAAGAGCAAGAAGCAGACUCCACAACAGAAGCUCGAGAAGCUCAACAACAAACUCGACGAAGUCAAAGCUCUCGUGCCACGAAUCGAAGCCGUUGAGAACGAUCCACUUCUCACUUCUGAUGACAAGAACACCGCCAACCAAGUUCUCGACAACGUCAACGCAUUCAUUGGAGAUUUGAAUCAGCAAAUUGCCGAAACGCAAGACCACAUCGACAAGAUCAACAAUGCUCAAGAUGCGUUGAAACGACUCGAAGACGCUUUGGAUGAUGCUGAUCGCGGAGUUGCCGGCCAACCGGCAAAUGUUGCCGCGCUCAACGAAUUCAAGGACAGCAUCACACCACACAUCGAUUCGUUGGUUGCCGUCGUUCAAGAUGUUCCAGAAGAAGUCGCACCAGAAGCAGCCAGGUUACGUGAUCGCGCCAACAAGUUCAACGACGACUUGCAAUUGCUCAUCCAGAAGACCGCUGAUGACGCACAAAAAGCUGAAGAACUUCGCAAGACUGUUGACGGAAUUACCAACUCGUUGAAUCAGAUCGUUCCAAAAUAUGAGAUCCCGCAACCAAUCGACGUGGCACGUGCCGAUGCCGAUCAAUUGAGAGCGAUCAUCGAACAACUCAAUGGACUUUCGGAUGGUGACAAGCCGGAUUCGCAAGUUGCUCGCGACAUCAAGGACUCGAAGACGAAGGCGAAGGAUCUUCUCGCUAAUCUUGACAAGGCUAUUCCAGUCGAAGAGGCGAUCCGUGCUCAUCAAGACGAUAUUGCGGCUAAACUCGAUGAAAUUCAAAAGAAUCUUAACAACAUCGACGAGUUCAAACCCGAAAACGCGUUGCCAUUGAUUGACGAGAUUUCGAAGGAGGCCGCCGCGAUCAAGCAAGCUGCUGAUUCGAACGCCGACAAGGUCGAAACGCCAAAUCCAUUCGUCAGUCACGAUGACUUGGAUACAACUCUGCCACAAAAGGCGUUCGAUAUUCAACAUGCCAUCGACGACAAGAAGCAAGCUUUGACAAACGCCGCUCAAAUCAACGAGAUCGCUCCAAAACUCCAAAUCGUCUCUCAACAACUCGAAACACUCGCGCCCGAACUCCCGACAAGUCUCGAUGACCAGAAGGCAUUGCUCGAAGAUUUGGAAGAAAAGAAACGCGCCUACGAGAAUCUCAUUGCUACUCUUCCACCGAAUGAUCCAAAGAGCGAAGAGCUACAAAAGAACAGCGAAUGGGAUCUUUCAAGAAUCAAGGAUCUCAUCAAGAAGCUCGGAGAUGCGGUUGGAGACAAACUUUCUGCGCUCGCCACGUUCAAUGCCUCUCGAAAACAGGCCGAAGAUGCACUUCUGAACAUCACCAGCGAUGAAGGCGAUGCGAGUCAAAAGUCGCCUGAACAACUUAUCGCCGACUUGUCGAAGAACGAAGAGCUCAUCGCAAAAAUGCGUGAGAACAUCGAGCAACAGAACCCCGAUCAGCUUGAUGAAGCCGAACGCAAAGAAUACGAGGAUCUUCUCGCUCGACUUGCUAAUGCUCAUGACAUUAUCAAGAAGAAGCGCGCCGAAAUCGAAGAAGCCGCUCGAAAGCAGGCCGCCGAAAAAGAUCUUCACGAUGCCAUUGAUCGUAUUGAAUCGCGAUUGAUUCCGCUCGUGAAGAACGGCGACGAGCUCCUUCACAACGCUGAAGGUGUUCCAUCGCAAUACGCGCCUGCUGCCGAAGAAAUCAAGAAUGAACUUGAUAAGGCCAACGAGAUUGUUGCCAACGCUCCGCAAACCGAUGACCGCGUCAAAUCUUUGGUUGCCGCCAUCGAUGCUGCCAAUCAAUUGGUGCCAUCACUCAAGGAGAAGGCCCGAGUCUGGGAUGAAUUCGUCGUUGCUCGAAAUGAUGCCGACGGAGUUGUGGACAAACUUCAACAAGCUCUCAAUGGAGUCGUUUCGAAGCCAAAGCGAUCAGUUGACGAAGCCGCCAAUGAUUUGGCUCAACUCCAGGAGUCGUCGAAACAAAUUCAGACGUUGAACGAUAUGAUCACCAAUCUUCAACGCCUUUCCGAACAGCUUGAUCCACUUGAGAGCGCUUACGCCGAUGUUCGAUUCCUCGACGUCGACGCCGAACAAACUCAACAUCAAUACGAUGAAGCUCUCAAUGAUCUUGCAACAGAAAUUGACGACGAAAAGGUGCUUCAAGAAUCUGUCGAUCAAGUCAAGAAGGAGAUCAACGACAUUCGAACACUCAUUGACAACACCAAUCCUGAACGAAACGUUCUCGACACCAUCGCCAAUACUGACAUUCCAGCAUUGAAGACACAAAUCAAUCGCAUCCAAGACAAAUCGGUUAACGCUGCCGCUUCACGCAAGCACGUUUCUACCGACGCAAACAUCGCCGACGAGCUCAACGCGAAGCUUGCCGACCUCGAAAAGGAACUCGAUGAAGCCAUCAAGGAUGCGGAUGAAUACGAGAAGAGUCAACUGGUGCUUGCUCUCACACUCAAGAUCACUCAACUGGAGGAAACUCCACUCGAGCAGCUGAACCCAGAAGAACUCAAGAAUGCUGAAAAGGAGAUCAAGAACAGUUUGGCACCAGAAGAGGCAUUGCCACUUCUUGCCAAGAUCGACGAACUCCGCAAUGUCAAGAAGGCCGAAGACGAUCGCAGAAACGAGCUUCACAACACAAUCGUCGCUAUCGGCAAAGAUGCUGACGAUGCGAUGACACCAAAGAAGGACAGAAAGAGCAAGAAGCAGACUCCACAACAGAAGCUCGAGAAGCUCAACAACAAACUCGACGAAGUCAAAGCUCUCGUGCCACGAAUCGAAGCCGUUGAGAACGAUCCACUUCUCACUUCUGAUGACAAGAACACCGCCAACCAAGUUCUCGACAACGUCAACGCAUUCAUUGGAGAUUUGAAUCAGCAAAUUGCCGAAACGCAAGACCACAUCGACAAGAUCAACAAUGCUCAAGAUGCGUUGAAACGACUCGAAGACGCUUUGGAUGAUGCUGAUCGCGGAGUUGCCGGCCAACCGGCAAAUGUUGCCGCGCUCAACGAAUUCAAGGACAGCAUCACACCACACAUCGAUUCGUUGGUUGCCGUCGUUCAAGAUGUUCCAGAAGAAGUCGCACCAGAAGCAGCCAGGUUACGUGAUCGCGCCAACAAGUUCAACGACGACUUGCAAUUGCUCAUCCAGAAGACCGCUGAUGACGCACAAAAAGCUGAAGAACUUCGCAAGACUGUUGACGGAAUUACCAACUCGUUGAAUCAGAUCGUUCCAAAAUAUGAGAUCCCGCAACCAAUCGACGUGGCACGUGCCGAUGCCGAUCAAUUGAGAGCGAUCAUCGAACAACUCAAUGGACUUUCGGAUGGUGACAAGCCGGAUUCGCAAGUUGCUCGCGACAUCAAGGACUCGAAGACGAAGGCGAAGGAUCUUCUCGCUAAUCUUGACAAGGCUAUUCCAGUCGAAGAGGCGAUCCGUGCUCAUCAAGACGAUAUUGCGGCUAAACUCGAUGAAAUUCAAAAGAAUCUUAACAACAUCGACGAGUUCAAACCCGAAAACGCGUUGCCAUUGAUUGACGAGAUUUCGAAGGAGGCCGCCGCGAUCAAGCAAGCUGCUGAUUCGAACGCCGACAAGGUCGAAACGCCAAAUCCAUUCGUCAGUCACGAUGACUUGGAUACAACUCUGCCACAAAAGGCGUUCGAUAUUCAACAUGCCAUCGACGACAAGAAGCAAGCUUUGACAAACGCCGCUCAAAUCAACGAGAUCGCUCCAAAACUCCAAAUCGUCUCUCAACAACUCGAAACACUCGCGCCCGAACUCCCGACAAGUCUCGAUGACCAGAAGGCAUUGCUCGAAGAUUUGGAAGAAAAGAAACGCGCCUACGAGAAUCUCAUUGCUACUCUUCCACCGAAUGAUCCAAAGAGCGAAGAGCUACAAAAGAACAGCGAAUGGGAUCUUUCAAGAAUCAAGGAUCUCAUCAAGAAGCUCGGAGAUGCGGUUGGAGACAAACUUUCUGCGCUCGCCACGUUCAAUGCCUCUCGAAAACAGGCCGAAGAUGCACUUCUGAACAUCACCAGCGAUGAAGGCGAUGCGAGUCAAAAGUCGCCUGAACAACUUAUCGCCGACUUGUCGAAGAACGAAGAGCUCAUCGCGAAAAUGCGUGAGAACAUCGAGCAACAGAACCCCGAUCAGCUUGAUGAAGCCGAACGCAAAGAAUACGAGGAUCUUCUCGCUCGACUUGCUAAUGCUCAUGACAUUAUCAAGAAGAAGCGCGCCGAAAUCGAAGAAGCCGCUCGAAAGCAGGCCGCCGAAAAAGAUCUUCACGAUGCCAUUGAUCGUAUUGAAUCGCGAUUGAUUCCACUCGUGAAGAACGGUGAAGAACUGUUACAAAAUGUUGAAGCUGUUCCAUCCCAAUACGGACCGAAGGCUGAAGAAAUCAAGAAAGAAAUCGAAAUAGCAAAAGACAUUGUUGCCAAUUCUCCUCAAACCGAUAACAGGGUUCAAGCACUAAUUUCAACAAUUCAUGCUGCUAGUCAACUAGCAGCUAGACUGGAUGGAGCCUUCGAUUUUUGGAAUUCAUUUGUUAAAUCAAAAGAAGAUCUCUACGAGGAUCUUGAAAAUCUUGAAAACAGUGUUAGUGAUGUCCUGAACCGACCUCGAAUACCAGUCGACCAAGCCCAACAACGACUUGAAAAAUUAAAGAGCAAGGACAUUUUACUAGAACGUAUCCGGGAAACGAAUCAGAAAAUUGACGAUAUUGGUUUUGAGUUAUGUCAUCUGACUGUCGUCGCUGACGAGCUCAGAUACUUAUCGGUUCAUGUUGAAAGUAUCGAACGGCAGUACGAGGAUACGAUGGACAAACUCAACAACGAAAUAACUGCCGAAAACGAACUUCUCCGCACGUUGGACAUUCUAACCAACGAAUUGUCACAGUGCAAGGAAGAUAUACAAAAUCCUAAUAGUGACGUCGACGAACAAAGUCGUCUUGCACUAUUGAAUGAUGCCAUUGCGCACUUGGAAAAUCAGAAAGCAGUUGUCGAAAAUAAUGAGAAGGAACGAAAGUUCGUCGAAAGCAGCACUUUGACGACGCUUGAAAACCUUCUGCAAGAAGCUCGACAAUUGCGCGACGAACUUGAGCCAAGAGUUAGCGCGCAGAAUGGCGAGGAUGACGAAUCCACAAUCAGAGAGCCGUACGAUGUGGAUGCAGCUGCUGAGGUUCUUUCAGCGCUCUAUCCCAACAAACAUCCGUAUCGUGUUCUCAAUGAGCAUGGAUUCGAAGGUGUACCAUCGGGCUCUGAUACGCAAAGUGAAUUCGACUCGAUUGAUAGCCGAUCAGACGGUCUACUUUCCCCAAUUCCGGAUGAUUCGGAACUCAACGCCGAGCAACUGCGUAGACAGAGAUCGCGAUGGAGACGGGUCUUGCGAACAGCAUUGCCACUCCAGGCAUUGCUUGUUCUUCUUAUGGGUGCCGCCUGCCUGGUUCCGCAUUGCGACGACGAAUAUUGUUGUCAACUUCUCAAUAACUUCGCUAAAAGUUUCGACCCAGCGCUAGAAUUUGUUAAUGGACCACCACCAUUUUAA